AUCUAUCUAUCGUGUCGGCCUAUCUGCCUGUGGCACUGAUAGCUAGACAUCUACUACUAGUAAUUAUGAUGAAUAAAAUUCAUAAAACAAUAACAUCAGAACAAUAUGUAAAAAUGCUAUGUCUUACAUAAUGUCUUAUUGAUACAUUACAAAUAGUCUGUAAACCUUUAAUUACUGUUUCAGAUUUGAAAGUUGCAACAUACUGCAGAAACUCUAUAUGCUAUUACAUUACCAAAGGAAGUUUUCAUUAUUAAAACCCGCACAGAUGUGAUUUAAUAUUAUAUAUUUAUUUGUUGUCUUUAACCCACUUCUCAUAGGUUUGCCUAACAACAAAAUAAACCCUAUCCUUUAAUCAAGAUCUUGUUACUGCAGAAAACUACAACUUCAUCCUGUGACAUUCAUGUACAACUCCAUACUUUAAUUUCCUCUAUAUUUUGAGUUAUCACUAACAAAUUUACAAACAACUUACUCAAAAUCAAUCACACACCACAAAUAAAUAUAUGCAAUACUUCAACCACCAUAUUACAAGGCCAGAUCUACAAAUGUAAACACUGCAACACAACUUAGACAUGACUGCAUGUUCACAGUUGAAUUAUGUAAACUAUUGGAAAAACAAACUAAACUAGCUCUUUCAUUUGGAUGAAAUAAAGAAAAAGCUCAUCACCUACAUCUUCAAAUUAAACAGCAAAGUGUUGCUCUCCUCUACUUGCAGCAACACAAGGAAAAACAACACAGACCACAAGAAUAUCACAGGCCCUCUCAAUAAUGACCCUGAGGUGACAUAGACACUAUAAAUCAGCUUUCACCAAACCUAGGAUCAUCUACACCUGUGCUCUUGUCCUACAAUGAGCCUGGUUGAAGUUCUGUUGGGGGUCAAGUUAGAAGAUCAUCACUCUGGCUUGACAUGGUAACCUCUAUCACCCAGCAAAACACCAUCAAACUCUCCUGUAAUGUACACUGGAUACAUUAGAGUAUAUUGAAGAACAUAGACAAGUCAAUCAUAUUGUUAAAAUCUUUAGGCAGCUUAGCACAUUGCAGUCUAUUGCUCAAAUUAAACUCAUCACAAAUCCUCAAGCCAUGAACAAAACCACACCACUUGACCUCCACACUAGAAAUAAUAUAUGCAGCACCACAUAUGAUCUUGACAGUGCAGACACAAACGCAACAUAAGUGGAGUUUAUUACAUAAGUGUAGAGAACAAACUGUAAAGCUCCACUUUCUGCGGCACAUAUCUCCCAGUGUUUUGCGAGAAAGUUGGAAGGGCAGAGAGUUCAUCUUCUGGCUGUUAUCAAAUCUCAUUCCCAGCUCUGCAAUGCCCCCUUAAAGUUGAAUUCUGUGAUAAAUUCCCCCAAAGUUGUUCAGGCCAGUCGCACAAAAUCAAUUUAGUCCAGACAUCAUACAUGUUUUGACAUUUAACUACUGUCUAUUAGUCUUGUUUGCUCACUUUGGAAUUCUUCCCACACAUGUGGCUGAAGACAAAGAUGCUCUUGACCACAACACAGAGCCCAGAGACAAGGUUACAUUAACCUCUGCUUUUGGUAGGAACAGCGGGGUUGUCGCGGCUUAAUCAUGCAGAACAAUCUAGGACCGAGCCAUCAUGCAGGGCAUCGCUGUCGACGCAGGGCCUCGGCACACAGUCGGCCAUUUCAGCUGCCACAUUCUUGGACUCCAGUGUGGGCGGCGAGUGAAUUCACAGAGUCUUUUAUGCAGAAUGAGCCAACAGAACAAAGGCAGAGGCAGCAUGGAGUCACAGAUCACAAAAUAAAAUGAAAUAAAAUAAAAUGAAAUAAAAUCGCCAGGAUUAAAAAGUAGACUAAGGGACACAGUCGCUUUGUUUAUUCAUUUUUUGUCCUCAGUAAAUAAUUAAAUGUCUUGUCUUUAUUUUGUACUAGACUGCAGAAAAGUGUAAAAAUAUAGAAAAGCUGUGUAUGUAACGGUUACAAGCGUUUUAAAAUACAGCAUUGUGAAGUGUGAGCAGAGGUCCAGACCAAAUAUAUAAAGGUUCCUGUUCACUUUAAUAUUUCAGUCACUUUUCUAGCACAGGGGUGUCAAACAUGCGGCCCGUGGGCCAAAAGCGGUCCUCUAGAGGGUCUGUUCCGGCCCUCAAAGUGUAAAAAUUCCAGAGAAGACAUUAACUGCAGAUUGUAAAUUAGUAAAACUGUAAAUUUAAAAUAAUUUCUAGACCAUGACAAGUUGUUCUGAUCAUAAAGUAAAAUACUAGAUUGUUCAUUGUUCUUUUGUCAUUUUGUCUCUCUUUUUUGUAACAUUUUGUCUUGUUUUUGUUGUUUUUGUCUUUUGUCAGACUUUUGUCAUUUGUCUCAGGUUUUCAUUGCUUUAUGUCUCAUUUUUGUCGUUUUGUGUCUCAUUUUUGUAUUAUUGUGUCUAGUUUUUUGUUGUUUUUUGUCUGUUAUUGCCUGACUUUUGUCAUUUUGUGUCUCAUUUUUAUUGUUUUGUGUCUUAGUUUUGUCGUUUUGUGUCUCAUUUUUGUCGUUUUGUGUCUUGUUUUUGUAAUAUUUUGUCUUGUUUUUUGUCUUUUUUUGCCCGACUUUUGUUGUUGUGACCAUAACGUUAAAUCCUGUAUCAUUCAGUUCCAGAUAGCUGUGACUAAAUGUUUUGUUCCUUUGUAGACACUCUGUGAUUUGGACAUUUUAAUGUGUAAAUGAUAAACUGAGGCAUAAUAUUUUUGAAAUUGAAUUUAUUUUUCUCAAGAAAUUUCAGGUUGUUUAUACUGUUUUGUAAAAAGAUAAUUCCUUAAAUGUGAACAUUUUCAGAACGUACUUUUUUGCACUAAAACAGAGGAAGAAAUUGGAGUUAUUUCUAAGUUAUUAUGCUCUAAUUUUACUGAUUUGCCCCACUUCAGAUCAAAUUGGGCUGAAUGUGGCCCCUGAACUAAAAUGAGUUUGACACUCCUGUUCUAGUGAGUUAUUUUAUUCAUAAAACAGCCUUCCUACAUGAUAGUCUGACAGCAGUUCUCCACUUUACUCCACUUUCAUUUCUGAUAAGGAACAUUGUUACAUACAGCCCUCCAUUAGCUGCACUUGAUUGUUCCUCAAAGUGCUGCAGAGAAACGAAGAUCAGCAGGACACCAGUCAGUCAUGGGGCCCAUAUAUUAUUACAUAUAUUCAUUCAUGUAUUUAUUCUUCUUUCUUUUUUUUUGUUGGCUCAGAAAUAUCUACGUUUUGGGAAACAAAACUUUAAAUGACAGAAUAUUAAAGGUAGCUAAAUCUACAUCUUAUUUUCUAAUCUUAGAGUCACAAAAUAGGCAAUGUGUGUAUGUUUAUAUUUAUAUUAUGUCUUCAUAACUUUAUAUAUGAAUAUUUCAGUGAAUUAUGAUCUGGUUUAAUGGCUCACAGCUCUGCUUCUCCAUCUACUGGUGGUGUGAAGGACGAAUCUGGGUGCAAUCACAAAUACUAUAAGCUCUAAAUGACCCCUUAAAGUUACAUUAUCGAAAAGCAAAGGGAAAUUGUCAAGAAACUAUAAUUAGACCUGCAGUAUAGAGGCCAAAUAUAAAAGAAAAUUGUGAACACGUACCAUUUAAUCCCAGCAUUCCUUUAUUUUCCUUGGAAAAAAAUAAAAGAAUGUAAAGUAAGAAUGAAACCUUGAUUAAAUCUUUGGAAGCAGAUAAAGCUGUAAUGUUGACAAUAAUAACACAGAUGUUCUCACAACCCCAGCUGUUCUUGUGCUGCAUUUUUAACCUUAAUUCUUUUGAUGUUCAAAGAAAGCACCGCAGCCUCUUUCUCAUCACUGAAGUGUCAAGCACCAGCUCACACCAUCUCAGUCCUGUACUCCCAAGGGCACAGGCACAAAUCCAACCCCUCAAGGUUACAAGUGUAUUGUUUACCAUUUUCCCCUCUCUGUUGUGGCUUUUGCAUUACCCUGACCUGGCUCACCACCAGCUCGGUCCGCCUAUAAAGACGAAGCCGAGGCAGCCGUCAUCAUUUGGACCCCAGAUUUGUGCAGGUGCUUUGAAAUCUUCCCUCCUAUGGAUCUGAUCUCCGGCUGUGAACGGGCGAUGACUCCUGUGGGUUUGGACGCCGUCAUGGCCGACCUGGUCGCCAUGUCCCCGAACGCAACUGCAGUGGGAUCACCGGGCAUCUCCAUGGCAACCAGCACCCUAAUCCUGCUUGUGUGUGUGCUGCUGGCUGUGUGGAGUCACACCGACAAGAAGAUUGCACCAGGUCCUUCUUUCUGCCUUGGUUUGGGGCCACUUUUGUCCUACAUGAGGUUCAUCUGGACCGGAAUAGGCACAGCCAGCAACUACUACAACAAGAAGUAUGGAGACAUUGUUAGAGUUUGGAUCGAUGGGGAGGAGACACUAAUACUCAGCAGGGCAUCAGCUGUGCAUCACGUGCUAAAGAAUGGACAUUACACUUCACGUUUUGGGAGCAAACAGGGACUCAGCUGCAUUGGUAUGAACGAGAGAGGCAUCAUAUUUAACAACAACGUGGCUCUGUGGAAGAAGAUCCGCACCUAUUUCACUAAAGCCCUGACAGGUCCCAACCUGCAGCAGACGGUGGAGGUUUGCGUCUCGUCCACACAGACUCACCUGGACGAGCUGGACAGUCUGAGUAACGUGGAUGUUCUCAGUUUGCUGCGCUGCACCGUGGUUGACAUCUCCAACAGGCUCUUCCUGGACGUCCCUGUCAACGAGAAAGAGCUGUUGCUGAAGAUCCAGAAGUAUUUUGACACAUGGCAGACGGUGCUGAUCAAACCUGACAUCUACUUCAAGUUGGGCUGGAUCCACCAGAGGCACAAAGCAGCAGCCCAGGAGCUACAAGAUGCCAUAGAAAGCCUUGUAGAGCAGAAGAGGAGCGAUAUGGAGCAGGCAGACAAACUGGACAACAUCAACUUCACGGCAGAGCUCAUAUUUGCACAAAACCACGGCGAGCUGUCUGCUGAGAACGUGAUUCAGUGUGUUCUGGAGAUGGUGAUCGCAGCACCAGACACUCUGUCCGUCAGCCUCUUCUUCAUGCUGCUGCUGCUCAAGCAGAAUCCAGAUGUGGAGCUGCAGCUGCUGAAGGAGAUAGACACUGUUGUAGGUGAAAGACCGCUGCAGAAAGGUGACCUCCAGAAGCUGCAGGUCCUGGAGAGCUUCAUCAACGAAUCCUUGCGCUUCCACCCGGUGGUGGACUUCACCAUGCGUCGAGCCCUUUCUGAUGACGUCAUAGACGGCUACAGGGUACCGAAGGGCACCAACAUCAUCCUGAACACCGGCCACAUGCACCGGACAGAGUUCUUCCUCAAAGCCGACCAGUUUAGUCUGGACAACUUUGAAAAAAAUGCUCCACGUCGUUACUUCCAGCCGUUCGGUUCGGGCCCUCGCGCCUGCGUUGGCAAACACAUCGCCAUGGUGAUGAUGAAGUCCAUCCUGGUGCCGCUGCUCUCCCAGUACUCCGUCUGCCCCCAUAAAGGUCUGACCCUGGACUGCCUCCGACAGACCAACAACCUCUCACAGCAGCCGGUGGAGCAUCAGCAGGAGGCGGAACAUCUCAACAUGAGGUUCUUACCCCGACAGAGAGGAAGCUGGCCAGAGAAUGACCUUUAACUGCAACUACAUGUUUCAAUAGAAUACACAUUUACACACACACAUAUAUAUAUAUAUAUAUAUAUAUAUAUAUAUAUAUAUAUAAAAUUUCUAAUGCUUCAUUUAUGCUAUCUCACAACUGUACAAAGCUAAGUUUUAUAUUUUGAUAUCCCUUAUGUCUUAUGUAAGUUUAGACAUGCUGAUACAGAAAUAAAUGUAAAUUACUGAGCCAAAAGUGGUAUAUUCUUUUCAGUAGAGUUCUCUCUUUUUUCCUGAAUGUAAUCAGGAAUAUUAAUUGGGGAAACUUUUGUAGUGUUUUUCAAUAAACUGAUAUAUUUUUAUUGUUUUGAUUUGAUUUUUAAAUCACCUAUACCAGCAAACUCACCAAUUAGAACAUUUUUUUUAUUAAUAGUUCAUUAUAGGCGCUUAAUGUAUUAAGAAUACAUUUUUAUUAUUAGAAUGCAUAAUUUUAAGAGGGAAUAAAGCAUUUUCAAAUACUUGUAUAUUAAGUUGAAUUAACUGUGUUUCCAGAAUAAAUUUAACAGCAACAUAUGUUGAUUUAAAAAAAAAAUCUAACAUAAAAAUGAAAUAAUGGAAUUAUUUAAUUGAUGAUAAUGAAAUAAAGAAAAAAGAAAGUACACAAAUACAUGAAAUUAAAUUAAUGAAGGUAUAAAAUAUCAGAAAAUAGAACAAAUAAAACAAACUGUGCCACCAGUAAAUGUGUUUUGAGUAAACUCCAACACUAAACAGCUACAGAUAAACAGCUGAGAAUAAUGUAGAGCAGGGGUGCCCAACAUAUGGCCCGUGGGCCAAAACUGGCCCUCCAAAGGAUCCGAUCCGGCCCUCUGGACAACUUUACAAAGUGUCAAAAAAUUACAGAGAAGACAUAAACUGCAUUGUAAAUUUCUAAAACUGUACAUUUUAAAUGUUUUCUAGAUCUAUCUUUUUGUACAUUUUUUGGUAAAGAUUUCUACGGAUGUCUUUCACUCCACUAUUUAUUUAUUUUUUAUCAUUCACUUCUUUAUCUUAUAUGUUUAAAAGGGAGAAAGUCGUCCUGAAUUUCAUUGUACACUGUGUAUAACAAUCUUAAAAACAUAGUUCAUUAAAUGUGAACAUUUUCAGAAUGCACUUUUUUUGGACUAAAAUAGGGCAUUCUGAAAAUAAAUGGGAAAAUUUGGAGUUGUAGUCAUUUGUAAGUUAAUAUGCUGUGAUUUUACUGGUCCGGCCCACUUGAGAUCAAAUUGGGCCCCUGAUCUAACAUGAGUUUAACACCCUUGAUGUAGAGUAAAAAAAAACACUCUUGCUUCUAUUUUUGUGUUUGCAAAUAUAGCUCAGCAGAGGGCACUGCAACACUGAAAACACUGAUGUGAUCUUUAUCUUGAAGCAUAGCUUGAGUAAAGAAACCAAUCUGUCCAUUAUGUUCAGUCACUUUGCCUCUGGCCAAAUGUUUCAACACAUUUCACACACAGAUGCUUUAAUCUGUUUUGUUUCUGCUCUUUAAACACUAGGAUCACUCAUAGAGCUGUAAUGGGAACACUGUUCCCUCUAAACUGCGCGCGUGCGCAAUUGCGCACUGCUGACAGGUCUCCGCGCACAGAAAAUCUGCGCUGCGCACAGAAAAAAAAAAUCCAACCUAAAUUGUAAAUAAAAUAAUCACGUAACAAUUCAUUCUGUUCUAUUUUUCAAUGUGAGUCAGUAAGUGACCGGUGACUGGCUGCUGCAGCCAAUGAUGCGCUUCACAUACGUAUUUACCAUAGACUGUAUAUAAUGAUAUUUACGCAGCUAAUCGACGUCAGGAGUCCUUAUGUGCAGCUACCGUUGUUGUCAUAGAUAUGAAUGAGUAGAUAGGACACGCCCCUUUGAGCUGCGUGCUACAGCGAGGCUAAGCUAGUGGGGGAAAAGUUUCAGUGCAUUCCGUUGAUGUAGACGGCGUGAACACGGAAACAAGAAGUAUGCUGGCUCACUGUGCUGCAUACAGUUACACACUACGUUGU